AUGAGUUCUCACUUUCGUCCGACCGGCUCUGCUUCUCGUCCUGAAUACGAUGCCGUGAAACACUGGUCCCAAAUGCCUGGCAACGAGCAAAUUGUGGUUUGUGUUUGUGUACCCCUUCCAUCUGAACAUCCCAAAGAAGAGGAGGAUCAUCGACUCCAAUCCAUCGCCUUUGUGAUCGGCACUGCUGCAGCUGGCUCCAUUGGUUCUUUCAUUGAAAAAAGCUUUGCAGAAGUGAUCGACUCAAUCGGCGAAAUAAUCUGUGACAUUCAAUGA